AUGCGUUUCCUGUAUACAAUAUCGUCUAACGUCCUUUCUUGUAUCUUCUUGUUUUGUAUUAUUUCUUCGGUUUCUUCUGGAGAUGAAACGGAUCACUUGGCUUUACUCUCAAUCAAGAAACAUAUAACAUCUGACCCGUAUCAAAUCAUGCCUUUGUGGAAUGAUUCGAUCCACUUCUGCAACUGGACAGGCAUUGUAUGUGGUCUACGCCACCGUAGAGUUGUGACCCUCAGUUUGUUGUCUGGUGGCUUUUCUGGUUCAAUAUCACCUGCAGUUGGGAACCUGACGUUUCUUAGGGAGCUUCUUCUUCACAACAAUGGUUUCAAAGGCAACGUCCCUCAAGAGGUUGGUAGGUUAACAAGAUUAUGGAGGCUAAAUCUUUCGAACAAUUCUCUGUCAGGUGAAAUUCCUUCUAAUAUCUCUCGGUGUUCUAAUCUUGUAGAACUUGAUUUGAGUGACAACAGUUUCAUUGGCGUUAUUCCUAACGAGUUUGAUUCAUUAACUAAUCUUCAACGCAUAUCACUCGAUUCCAAUGAACUAACAGGAGAAAUACCCAAGUUUAUUGGAAAUUUUACAUCCCUUGCCUUACUUUCUGGUAGGGAUAAUCAUUUCCAAGGAAACAUUCCAGAUACUUUUGGCCAAUUGUCCAGUUUGUUCUUUUUCGGGUUCGCAAUGAAUAACCUUUCGGGCAUUUUACCUUUGUCGUUUUUCAAUAUUUCAUCCUUGACGACCAUAGCUUUGCCUGUGAAUCGGAUUGGCGGGAAUCUGCCAUCAGAUAUUGCACAAAGAUUUCUCAGACUAAAAGUUCUAAACCUUGCAAUGAAUAGAUUUUCUGGACCCAUUCCACUAUCGUUAUCUAAUGCCACUAAUCUUGAACACCUAGCACUCAAUGAAAAUAUGUUUACUGGAAGUGUGCCGAGUUUUUCGAGGCUGCAAGCAUUGACGCAUUUCGGACUUAACUAUAAUCAACUGGGGAAUGGGAGAUCUGAUAACUUAAACUUUGUCUCCUCUUUGGCAAACUGUACCAACUUAAGAAGGUUAGGUUUCGGUAACAACAAUCUUGGAGGUGUCUUGCCACGAUCAAUAUCUAAUUUUACUCUACUUACUGAUCUCUUAAUAGGAACAAAUUUGAUUUCUGGGAAUAUCCCAUAUGAGAUUGGGCAACUAGUUAAGGUUAAAAGAAUGUAUCUAUCCCACAACCAAUUCAUCGGCAGAAUUCCGGAUUCAAUUGGGAAUCUCAGAAAUCUCGGAGUAUUGUCUUUCAGGGAUAACUUAAUUUCUGGUGGCAUACCGUCGUCAAUGGGAAAUCUCACCCUUUUGAGCAAACUCCGAAUAUCCCGUAACAGACUAGAGGGUACUGUACCAUCUGGUUUAUCAAACUGUACGGGGUUACAGGCUCUGGAUCUUUCUAGAAAUAAUCUCAGUGGUUAUAUACCAAAAGGCAUUUUUGGUCUAUCUUCUUUGACAAUACGCCUAGACCUUUCUGACAACCGUUUUGUGGGUUCUCUUCCUAUCGAAGUAGGAGCCUUGAAGAAUCUGGUUUUCUUUGAUGUUUCAAACAACAUGAUGUCUGGGGUAAUUCCAGUUAGUCUUGGAACUUGCACGAGUUUGGUUAGAUUAUACAUGGAGGGAAACACCAUUGAAGGAGAAAUUCCAACAUCAUUUCGCUCUUUGAGAGGAUUAGAAGUUCUAGAUCUUUCCCGCAACAAUUUAACCGGGAGAAUCCCUGAGUACCUGGGAGAUUUUGUGUUUUUCAGACGCUUGAAUUUAUCUUUAAAUGGUUUUGACGGAAAAUUGCCAGGGCUCGGAGCUUUUAAAAAUGCAAGCAUAGUUUCCAUUUAUGGAAAUCGUCAGCUUUGUGGCGGAUCUCCCCAAUUUCAGUUGCCGAAGUGUUCUGUUGAAGAAUCAUCAAAGAAAAACAAGCUUCCGCUUUUCUUGCUGAUAAUUAUACCAAUAAUUGGUGUGGUUUUUGUCCUAAUUUUGGUGGUUAUAUUGUGUUUUCUUUGCAAACGCAAGCAGGCUUCGACAGAGAUUAGUUCAGAAGAUGAAAACUUCCCGCGAGUGUCUUAUCAAAGCUUACACGAGGCAACAAAUGGGUUUUCAUCGGAAAACUUGAUAGGUUCUGGAAAGUUCAGCACGGUGUAUAAGGCAAUUCUGCAUACAAAAAAUGAACCACGACUUGUCGCUGUGAAGGUACUAAAGCUCGCAGUUCAUGGUGCUGACCGCAGUUUUAUUGCGGAAUGUGAAGCUUUGAGAAGCAUCAGACACAGGAAUCUAGUGAAAGUCGUAACUUCUUGUUCGUCUAUUGAUUAUCAAGGGAACGAUUUCAAGGCUCUUGUUUAUUCUUAUAUGAUUAAUGGAAGUUUGGAAGACUGGUUGCAUCAGAAUUCGGUCGUUGGUCUAAACUUUUUACAGCGGCUGAACAUCGUGAUAGAUCUGGCUGGGGCCCUCGAUUAUAUUCAUCGCCAGUGUGGAUCGCUAAUGAUUCAUUGUGAUAUCAAGCCUAGUAACGUUUUAUUGGACGGUGAUAUGGUUGCUCAUCUUGGUGAUUUCGGGUUGGCAAGAUUUGUUCAUCAUGAUUCUUCUACAAACCACACCAGUUCUCUUGGAAUAAAAGGAACAAUCGGAUACGCGGCUCCAGAAUACGGAAUGGGAAGUAAGGUGUCAACCUAUGGCGACGUCUACAGCUUUGGAAUCCUCAUACUGGAGUUAUUUACCGGCAAUCGUCCUACUGACGAAAUGUUCAGUAACGGUCUGAGUCUUCAUGGUUUUGUGAAGAUGGCUAUACCGGAUCAAGUUAUGGAGAUAACUGAUCCGGUUCUUUUCAAAACUAGACAAGAGGAAAAUAUGACUACAGAUGCACGUGAUUUCGAAACGUAUGGUCCAAUCGAGGUUUGUUUGACUUAUGUUUAUCGAAUUGGGACUGCUUGCUCCAUGGAAUUACCAAGAGACCGGAUAGAAAUGAGCAAUGUCUUGGAUCAGCUGCAGUUGGUCAAGAAAACUUUUCUUGAAGAUUGCUAAGAAAAAUGAUUUAGUAAAAUCAAGAUCUUUUGAUCUCAUUGUAAAUCAUGCUGGUUUUGCAUUAGAAGUUCUAAGUUUCAUACUAUAUAUAUCAUUAUCCGACGAAUUUGUACA